GUAUGCUGAACGACCUCACCAUGUACAUCGGCCUCUAUGCCGCCACGAUACCAGCCAAGGAGCUGCUGAACGUGGUCCUGAAGGCCGCUGGUGACUCGUUGAUAGGCUACACUCGCAUGGACGAGGGGGAUCAGUACGUGCCCAAGCUCGAGGUUCUAGAGUUCCACGACUUGUGCUACCUCGCCUUGAACACCGUGGUGGAGUUCCUGGGAAUGAACCACGUCGGAGCAUUCCUCCUGGGCAGCGCUGUCACCUAUGGGGGUAGCAACUUCAACGUCUUCAACGGACCCGUGGCCUUCAUCGCAGCGUUUGUCCUCAACGACCUGAUCUACUACCCCUUCCACCUCAUCGCUCACAGGCGAGUUCUGUAUCCUUACUGCCACAAGCAGCAUCAUCGACAGUUUGUUCCUUUCCGCGGCUACGCCGACGCUGCAAACCAGCAUCCGCUGGAGCAGAUG